UUUUUUACAGCGACAGCAACAGUGAUGCAAUAGCAAUUACAAAUCCGUGAUGGCGUGAAAAGUAUCAUGCUGUGCGCAGCUUUUGGAGGCUUAUUAUCUUUUGGAGGAUUAUAAUUGACGUAUAUAAGUAUCAACAUGCGCGGCAUCCUUUUCCUGCUCUUCGAAUCGUCGAAUUUUCCUUGCAGCCCUGUGCGGAACUAAUUAAUUACAAGAAAAAUAUUUUAUUUCGAGACAAAACGAGACACGAUAAUCACUGGUGGUGCGCGAGAACCGCAAGUGAAGCAUCUCCAGUGAAUCACCUUUUUCUUCUAGUGCUACUAGUACUACGACGCGACAAAGCCAAUCAAUAUACCGACAGCGAGGACCACGUGGACGUGUGCGUUACAAUACAGCGACCAGCCGAAAGUUUCUCUUGCACGACUGAAGAAAACGUAAACGACGAGCACAUUCGUGUUGAAUUAAGGCACGACUUUUGGAGAAGGCGAAGAAUAACCAACUGUUGCUGUUGUUGGUAUCCGUAGUCCGUACGUCGCAACUGGGAAUGGCAUAAGUACUUACCCAUGAUACGCUUACGCAUACUCAAAUGUAUGAUCACUUCGACUUCUAGUACAGUAGAACAAGGACAGUACUGGGCAGAAGAACAAGAACGAACUACAGUAGCAGUACUUGUGAGGACUUGCCGCCAAGAACUACAGUACUUGUGACUUACUUGUGAGGACUUGCCGCUGAUGCAGAGUGAUGGGUGCUGACUUCUCGAGCUUUUUGAGUAGAGAGGAUCCUGUUGCUUCUAUAGUAGACUUAUUUGACGACCGCGUUGAUCCUUCUCUUACCCCAGAACAAUCGCAGAAACGUGCGAAAGCAAAAGAAAUGAAGUUCAGGUAUGCCUUUUUUUGUCGGUGCUAGUAAGUAUUUAAAUUUUGUUCGCAGGCAGGGGUUGGUAGAAGCUCUGUAAUAGUUUUCAAUUUCAAUAUAAUAGUACUUAUCGCAGUCUAGAAAUGCUCUCGACUACAUCGUUUUACUUCUUGAUUUUGUCAUUUUCUUUCACAGUAUGACUAUGCUCCUCGUCCUUCUUCCACAAACAACAAGACACUAUAUCACUGUAUAACACAGAAAACUCGCGGACGAGAUGAUUAAGUCAGAGGCGAAGACUGACUUUAGGUUGCCUUAUCUAAAAGAGGUCUCUUGCACAUCAGAAGAGCUGACAAAGAGCGGCGACUCCCCAGCCAAUAAGAGUGAUGGCACCUCCACGUCAUCAGAUUCCGACGAGAAAAGGAUAAAACGUGGCAUACCAAUAAAAUACUUCACAGAACACGAGACACUCAGGUACAAUUUCUUCAUACUACUAGUACCUACUAAAAAUCAUAAUGUUCUUGAACAAUGAACAAGCAGCUGUUCAUCAAGGAAACAAGAGGGAAAAUCAUACGGUCAGUCUUAUCUAUAUUACCUUGUUUGAAUGAGCGUUGAAUGCUCUAAUACGACUUUCCUGUCCCAUUCAUCCCUCGAACAGGUGGCAAUGGGAAGAGGCAGGGGAGACAAGGUAUGCAAGCUUGAUAGGGGUCGCUGGCGGUACGACAGCGGGUGCUUGGCAAGAUGAAAUUAAAUGAUUUAAAUUUAUGUAUUUGAGGGAGAGGGUUCUACUUCGUAUCGUUGUCAGAUGCAGUUCUGCAACAGAUGAAGUGCCACCUGCAGCGUCGCCACACGCUUUCAAGGGGUAGAGAAGAUCAUGGAACCAUCCUCGCAUUCUGUAUCUAUCCGUGAAAAAAAAAAUCACAUCAGAUGAUACAUGACUGGCAAUGACAUUUCACACUGGAGGACGUUGUUGCAAGGAGAUUAAUAGAUUUAGAUUUACCUUAUUCACUGCCACGUUUUCUUGUUGGGCAACCCAGUUGCAUAUUUUUAAAGUCUACAACUCCUGCUAGUGCCACACGAGUCAGAGUGCUUCAUUUUCAUCCCUCACACUUUCUGCUCUCAUUGUGGUUUUGACCUCCUCUCUUCACGUUUCUACUCAUCUACUACCUGUACCUCCAACCAACAUCUAACGACUUUUCUACAUGGAAGAACUAGCAGCUAGCCCUAGGCACCUUUGGAUUAUAGAGAUACAUACAGGAAGAAAAACUGUAAACCAACGACGAGCAGAAAACAACUGCGCUUUUGUAGCAAAAAGCUCCUGCAGCAUGGCAA